AGAAGGAGCGGGUCGGGACCCCGCUCGGCACCCGCGCCCGGGCCGGGGUCCGGGCUGACCGACAGCAGCUCGGAGGUGUCGGACUGCAGCGCCUCGGAGGAGGCGAAGCUGCUGUCGCUGGAGCUGGGGCUGAGCGGCAGCGAUGGCGAGUCCCCGGGCAGCGCCCCGCCGCCGCCGCCCUCGGCCGGAGAGGCGUCGCCGCUGCCCGAGGAGCCCUCGGCCGCCUCCGUGGCCAGCAGCCGCCUGCAGCUCAGCACCUCGCUCGCCUUCUCCGACCUCACCGAGGAGCUGCUGGACGCCGGCACCGACGGGCUGCUCCGCGAGCUGGAGGACUUGCGCUCCGAGAACGACUAUCUCAAGGAUGAGAUCGAGGAGCUGCGCGCCGAGAUGCUGGAGAUGCGGGAUGUCUACAUGGAGGAGGACGUGUACCAGCUGCAGGAGCUGCGGCAGCAGCUGGACCAGGCCAGCAAGACCUGCCGCAUCCUGCAGUACCGGCUGCGCAAGGCCGAGCGCCGCAGCCUGCGCGUGGCACAGACCGGCCAGGUGGACGGCGAGCUCAUCCACAGCCUCGAGCAGGACGUCAAGGUGGCCAAGGACGUCUCUGUGCGGCUCCACAAUGAGCUGGAGGUGGUGGAGAAGAAGAGGAUCAGGCUGGAGGAGGAGAACGAGGAGCUGCGCCAGCGGCUCAUCGAGACCGAGCUGGCCAAGCAGGUGGUGCAGAACGAGAUGGACAAGCUCCGAGAGAACUCCCUGAAGAAGCGGGGGUCUCGCUCCUUGGGCAAGACUGAGAAGAAGCCGUCAGUGCAGGAGGACAGCGCAGACCUGAAGUGCCAGCUGCAUUUUGCCAAGGAGGAGUCUGCCCUGAUGUGCAAGAAGCUGACCAAGCUGGCCAAGGAGAACGACGGCAUGAAGGAGGAGCUGCUGAAGUACAGGUCCCUGUACGGGGACCUGGACAGCUCCCUCUCCGUGGAGGAGCUGGCUGACUCUCCCCAUUCCCGGGAGGCCGAGCUGAAGGUCCACCUCAAGCUGGUGGAGGAGGAAGCCAACAUCCUGAGCCGGAGGAUAGUGGAGCUGGAGGUGGAAAACCGCGGGCUGCGGGCGGAGAUGGAUGACAUGAAGGGCCAGGGGGACAGGGAGCUGCCGGGGCAGGACACGCGGUUCCUGGUGGGCGUCUCGAGCUGCGGGGACGCGGGGGACACGGUGGCAGAGCUGCGCCGGCACCUGCAGUUCGUGGAGGAGGAGGCCGAGCUGCUGAGGCGCUCGCUGCUGGAGCUGGAGGACCAGAACAAGCUGCUCCUGAACGAGCUGACCAAGUACAAGUCGGACCACGAGCUGGACGUGACGCUGUCGGAGGACAGCUGCUCGGUGGUCAGCGAGCCCUCGCAGGAGGAGCUGGCCACGGCCAAGGUGCAGAUCAGCGAGCUCAGCGGCAAGGUGAAGAAGCUGCAGUACGAGAACAGGGUGCUGCUCUCCAACCUGCAGCGCUGCGACCUGGCCUCCUGCCAGAGCACCCGGCCCAUGCUGGAGACCGACGCCGAGGCCGGCGACUCGGCACAGUGCGUCCCCACCGCCGGCUGGAGGGACGGCCUGGGCGGCGGCGAGGCCGACGGGCAGGACAGGGGGCUGGGCAGCGGGAAGGUGCCCGAUGGCCCUGCCAAACUGCUCAAGCCCAAGGACCUGGAGACCUUGCUGGGCAUCCGGGACCAGGCGACGCUGGUCAGUAAAGCGAUCGAUGUCUUGAUUUCGGACGCCAAUGGGUUCACCGCGGGGCUGAAGGCUUGCCUGGACAAUGAGUGUGUGGGGGUGCUGCUGGGCGAGGCGGUGGGCAGCGGUGGUGACAGCCCCAGCGAUGCCAAGCUGAUGAACGUGCUGCUGAUGCGGCUGGGCGUGCUCCAGCAGGACCUGGGCUGCUUCGUGAGGAAGGUGGACCACCUCACCGGUGGCUUCAAGGAGCACACGGACUCGUUCCCCUUCUCCAGCCCCAGCGGCCACGACGUCACCAAAGAGCAUGCCUCUGACUUCCAGCAGCCUGAUUUUAGGGACGCCGACCCUUUCCGCAUCCCCCACACCAAGGACACGGACCCCGCCCAUCCCCGGAGCUACAAAACCUGCCGGGCUGAGGAGAACGACUCCUACGCCACCGAGAUGAAGGAGCUGCAGCUGGUGCUGUCGGAGGCCAACGAGAGCCUGCGGGGGCUGCAGGAGCAGCUCUCACAGGAGAGGCAGCUGAGGAAGGAUGAGGUGGAAAACUUCUCACAGAAGAUCUGCCAGCUGAAGGAGGACCACCAGAAAGCACUGCUACGACGGGAGUUUGAGCUGCAAAGCCUGAACCUGCAGAGGCGGCUGGAGCAGAAGUUCUGGAGCCAGGAAAAGAACCUGCUGGUGCAAGAGUCACAGCAGUUCAGGCAGAGCUUCCUCCUGCUCUUCAUGAAGCUCAAGUGGUUCCUCAAGCGCUGGCGCCAGGGCAAGGUGGUGCACAGUGAGGGCGAGGACUUUUUGGAGGUGAACAGCAUGAAGGAGCUGUACCUGCUGCUGGAAGAGGAAGAGCUAGCCCCACAGCAACAGGCAGACAACAAGAUGUGUGCUGGGGACACCUGGACCCCCAACACGCCCAACGAGUGCAUCAAGACCCUGGCAGACAUGAAGGUGACCCUGAAGGAGCUGUGCACGGAGCUGCGGGAGGAGCGGCGCGGUGCCAGCGAGCUGCAGCAGCAGUUCACCAAGGCCAAGGCUGCCUGGGAGAUGGAGCGCGCCGAGCUCAAGUGCCACAUCGCCCAGCUGGAGUCAAAGGCAGGCAAAGGGAUUGCAGAGCGUGCGCUGCCAGACUGGAAGGUGGCACUGAAGAGAGAGCGUGAGGAGCACCAGCACCUCCUGGCUGAGUCCUACAGCGCUGUCAUGGACCUCACCAAGCAGCUGCAAAUCAGCGAGAAGAACUGGAACCAGGAGAAGGUGGAGCUGCUGGCUCGCUUCAAGGAGGAGCAGCAGCAGGCGGAGCAGCAAGCGAAGGACCUGCAGAACAAACUCAACCAGUUGCAGAAAGGAUCCAAUCCAUGGGCACUGAAGCACUCUGAAAUGGAGAAGCAUGGCAGCAACUGGAAGGAGGCCCUCAAUGAGAAAAUCACAGACAAGGACACAAUCUCUGAAGCAGAAGCCAAGGGAACCAACCUCAAAAGGACCAAGUCUGUUUCCUCCAUGUCAGAGUUUGAAAGCUUGCUCGACUGUUCUCCCUACCUCUCUGGAAAGACCGUGCCAGGGCUGGGUGACCAUGCCCGGUGCAAAAAGGCAUCCUCAACCACCCAGAUGCUGCCCAACGGGAUCCGGGACAGCGCCAGCCUUCCUCCCUCAAACUGUACAUAUGUGAAUAUCGAACAACCUGCCCCUGACAGCCUGGCCAAGGAGAAGCUGGGCAUCUCCUCCUGGGACUACUCACGGGCAAGCAGCCUCUCCGGGCACGACCCAGCUCAGAAACAAAUCCAGAGGAGCUACACGGCGCCCGACAAGACAGGGAUCCGCAUCUACUACAGCCCGCCGGUGGUGCGGAGGCUGGAGGCGCCUCUGGUGCACAACAAGGAGGGCAAGAUCAUGAUCGAGCCCGGAUUCUUGUUCACCAUGGCCAAGCCGAAGGAGCCGGAGGAGUCGGCCAGCGCCGAGGGCACCUACAGCCAGUGGCUGUGCAACUUCUCCAAGCAGCAGCAGGAGCUGCUGGACGGGGGCGCGGGGGAGAGCGCGGUGCCGCCGGUGCCGCGCUUCCCCCCCUCGCUGCACGACCUGGAGAUCUCCGGCAACAUGAGCGACGACAUGAAGGAGAUCACCAACUGCGUGCGCCAGGCCAUCCGCUCCAGCUCGCUCGAGAGGAAGGUGAAAAGCACCUCCAGCCAGACAGUGGGGCUGGCCCACGUGGGCACACAGACCAUCCAGACGGUGAGCGUGGGCCUCCAGACCGACCUGCCCCGCGGCGCCGGCAUGCACGGCAAGAGCUGGUCCCCACGCAGCUCCUCCCUCGUGUCCGUGCGCAGCAAGCAGAUCUCCUCCUCCCUGGAUAAGGUCCACUCCAGGAUCGAGCGGCCAUGCUGCUCCCCAAAAUACGGCUCUCCAAAGCUCCAGAGGAGGUCUUCCUCCAAGCUGGAUGCCUCCAAGGACAGGAGCCUGUGGAACUUGCACCAGAGCAAGCAGAACGGCUCUGCCUGGGCCCGCUCCACCACCACCCGCGACAGCCCCGUCCUCAGCAACAUCAACGAUGGCCUGUCCAGCCUGUUCAGCGUGGUGGAGCACGCGGGCAGCACCGAGUCCAUCUGGAAGCCGGGCUGCCCUGAGAGCAGCCGGGCCAAGCCCGAAGCACCCAAGUAUGGCCUCGUGCAAGAGUUCUUCAGGAACGUCUGUGGGCGGGCGCAGAGCCCCACUGCCGCCCAGGACAAGAAGGAGGCCACUGGGGAGGAGAGCAAGAGAGCCGAGCACCCCAGCCCCGCCACCUACCACCCAGCCGAAAACAUCUCCCGUGUCUUGAAUAAGAAGGUCCUCAAGCAGGGCAGCUGCGAGGACCCCAAGCCCUCGUCCCCUGGCCAGGGCAGUAAGGACGCAGCCCUGCGGGACCCCGACCUCAUCUCGGCUAUAGCCAGCGAGGACACGGCGUGUGACUGCAGCUCCCAGUCCCUCACCUCCUGCUUUGCCCGGCCAUCCCGCUCCGCGCUCCGCCACUCCCCCUCCAAGUGCAAACUGCACCCCGCGGAGCCCCCCAGGGCGGAGGAGAAGCCGGGGGCCUCGACCUACAAUGUAAAACCAAGUGCAUUUUAAAAAUACCGAAAUGAGCUACAUUGGAGAGGCACCAAUUGGAUUAAGAGAUUGUGGUUUGGGAGGCUGCAGCGUGGCCCAUGGUCUGUGCCGCACAUCCCUCUGUCACCACCAGAAAAAGCCUUACCAGGGAGGGAGGGGGCAGCAGCCACAGCCCCCACAGCACUGCAGAGCUCCUGGGGCUGGGGCACUGUGACCCAGUCCCACACAGAGCAGCCUCUGUGCAGCUCCAGGAGAGAACAGAGAUUUCUGAGGCAGCUGCCUGACCCAUUUUCGAGCUGCCUGCCAGGGGCCAGACAGGGAUUCACCCAGAUGGAGCUGCCUGCAGGUGCCUGGGUCUCACUCAUUGCUCUGGGGCUGUGUGCAGGAGUCCAAGAGCUCUGCAUUGCUUUGGGGCUCUGUACAGUGCACCAGGGGCUCUGUAAGCCCUUCCAAGGCUUCUGUGCAUUGCUCUGGAGCUCCGUACACCACUCCACGGGCUCUGUGCAUUGCUCUGGAGCUUGGUACACCACUCCAAGGGCUCUGUGCAUAGCUCUGGAGCUCUGUACACCACUCCAAGGACUCUGUGCAUUGCUCUGGAGCUCUGUACACCACUCCAAGGGCUCUGUGCAUUGCUCUGGAGCUCCGUACACCACUCCAAGGGCUCUGUGCAUAGCUCUGGAGCUCUGUACACCACUCCAAGGACUCUGUGCAUUGCUCUGGAGCUCUGUACACCACUCCAAGGGCUCUGUGCAUUGCUCUGGAGCUCCGUACACUGCUUCCAGGGCCUCUGCACAUUGUCAUCUCGCAGUUUCUCUUAAGAAUUGCUGGUGCUGUUGAGGCUGCUGCCCUCUCCUGUCCGGCCGCUCGCUGCCCGCAGCAGCUGCUGCAUCACUGCCACGUUGCAGCCUCCGUCAGCAUCUCCACGACAGCCGCUCACUGCCUGUGUCCCCGGACACGCCAGCAUCAGCCAGGGCCCAGCAGGCCCAGGACGAUGGCCUUUUGCUCCUGCAGCACUCGGCCAGCCCCUGGGGGACCCUCAUCACCCGGGUGGGGGACUCAGGGCAGGUGCUGCCCACCCUCACCAGCAGCCAGGGCCCGGCUGUGCCCCUGCCUGUCAUGGAGGACUUGGGUCCAGCACUGCCACGAGCAAUCUCCUGCUGUACAUAGAUAUUUUCGGGGUGGUUUUUAGCAUUUUCAUGGAUAAUUGGGGUUUUGGUUUGGUUUGGUUUUUUUAAAAGACUCUCAACUUUUUGGAAUGUGGUUUCUCAUUUUUACAACUGCCUUUUAAUUAUUUGUAAUAUUGGUCAGUUCUGUCUUACUCUGUAAAUAGUGGUGCUGGGCAUUUCCCAGGGGGGCUGAGACGAGGCUGGCAAGGAAUUUGUGGGGAAAAUUUGCUUGAGGUGUGGAGCUGGGUGAUUCUACUCCAGCCCCUCCAUGUAUUCUGCCCUUCCACAUGCCCAGCCUGGGGUGAAACCUGAGGUGUUUUGGGUAAAGCCACGCUUGCCCUUGCCCUGUCCUCUUGCUUCCUCUCACCAGCCCAUGCCAAGGUCGCAUGAAGGGCACCUCCUGCCCCGAUGACAGGCUCUCUGCCCACGCCAUCCUGCCCCCCUGUGUCAUGCCUGCUUGUUGUGUGAUGAAUAAAGGCCCUGCAACCCCUCGCCCCCACCCUUGGUGCUGUCUUCCCCUGCUGUGGUGGGGGGGCUGUGCUGCCUGUCCUGUCUGGGGCAGUGCUGCUGCAGAGGGAGGUGUGGGGUGACAUGAUCCUGUGCCUCUGUUCCUGCCAUCCUGCCUGCUGCCCAGCCCACACAUGGUGUCCCAUGCUCUCCUCACCCACCUGUCUGUCCCUGACACCAUCCCUACGUGCUGACCCCAGCUGUGCCACACCACCAGGGCUCCUUGUCAACUCCUCACUGCCAGCACGGCCACCCCACACCAGGCUCCCCUCAGCUCUGCAUUGUCCUCGUGAUGCUGGUGUUUGUCACAGCUGCCAUGUCCAUGCCAGCCUGCCCAGCAGCUCACCCAGCCUGCACACACACCCACAUAUCCCCCUGCCUCUGCUGCCAUGGCUCCCUGCCCUUGUGCCCCUUGGCUGGACUCGAUCACCUCAGAGAUCAUUUCCAGCCUUAAUGGUUCUGUUAUUCCCUGAUCACCUGCUGGUCCCAGCCUCCCCUAGGGUGUGCUCCAUUAAACUCCCGCCCUGAGGUCCUCCAUCACCCACCAAAACCCACCCUCUUUCUUUUGCUCUUCCAUCAUCCUUCAUGUCCCAUCCCUUUCAUCCCUGCUCUUUGAUCUGCCACGUUCCAUCCUUCUUUAUUGUGCUCUUUCAUCAACCCUAACCCAACUCAGCCCUCCUUCCUCCUUCCUGUGCUACUCCAUCCCAUUCCUCCUUCCCAUGUUCUAUCACCCACCAUACCCCAUCCCUCCUGUGCACCUUCUUUUAUGUCCAAACCCUUCUUCCACUGCUCCUCUGUUGUUCACCUGUCCCUCCUUCCUUACAGUCAUCUUCUGUGUCCCAUCCUUCCCUGCCACGCUGUGCUCCUCCAUUACCCACCGUGUCCCCUCCCACCCUCUUGUGUUCCUGAAUCCUACACUGCAUCCUAUCCCUCCUUGAUCUCCAACACCCACCACCUCCCACCCCUCCUUCCUGUGCUCCUCCACUGUCUUCCACAUCCCACCCUCCAGUGUUCCUGCCACACUUUCACCUAUCCCUCUAACCUGCUCCUUCAUUCACCAUAUCCUGUUCCUUACCUUCAUUCACCACCACCUUCUCAUGUUUUUCCUUCUUCACCUUCACCCUCCCCCAUCCACCUUGCCUUGCUUUGCCUCCAGCUUUUCCUUUCAUAUUCAUGUCAGCAGCUCACCAUCUUCUUCAGCUCCCACCGUCCUCUACAUCUUGCCACCAGUUUAUCCCUGCUUAUUCUCCAUUAGUUCCCACCUUCACCCCAACCUCCUCCACUCCUCAUCUUCUCCACAUCUUUCUUCAUCCUCUUCUUUCUUCCUAUCUCCUCUCUCAACCUUCUUCACUUCCCCAUCCCAAAAUCUACCCUCACCUCCCACCAUUUCACCAUUCUUUCAACUGCUAAUGUCACCCAAUUUUACCUUCUCCACCUCCACGUUUCCAAUCCCUCUUUGUGCUUAUCCAUUUCCCAUCUCCUUAUUCAUCCUCCUUCACUGCCUUGCAGUCUUUGUCUUCUUCUGUUCCCUUAGUCUCUCGUUCCUCCUGUCAUCCAUGUCCAUCUCCAAGAGUUUCCUCACCCCUCCUUUUCUUAUCCAUCUCCCCUCCACCUUUUUCCCCACCACCUACUAUCUAAUCUAUCCUUGGUUUUCUCUUUGAUUUUGUCAACCUUCUUCAUUCUCCACUUCCCACUGUCUUCCACCCUUCCCCGUGCCCCACACCACCCACUAUUUGCCUGUCCUUCCUCACCCUCCACUUCCUACCAUCUGCCCAGUCUCCUCAUCCUCCCCAACCUCACUGUUCAUAUUCAUUGUCCUUUCCACCAUCUUUCAUCUCCUUCACCCUCCAUCUCAUCCUUCAUCCUCCACCUCAGUUCCUCCUGUGACCCUCCACUUCCCAUUGUUCCCUGUACUUUUUCCUGCAGUUUCACCUCUUCCCUCUCCCUCUCACACUCGACACCCGGCUAUCUCUGUCAUUGUCACUGUCCUCUGUCAUUUGUCCCCCACAGUGUUCCUGUUUCUCUUUAUGCUCCUCCACUUUUCCCCGCCUUCCUAUCCCUUUUUAUCUUCUGAGUGUCCCACCAACCUCACAGAUUUCCCUCUCCACGCCUCCUUGACCUCCAGCCGUCCUUCCUCACCUCACAGCUCCCUCUCUAACUGGCCUUACAUUCUCCUUCAUCUCCUACCUCUGUCCUGACUUCCAAUCUUCUCCCAGCCUGACCUCUCCCAUUCCUCCCUGCACAUCUGACUCCAGCUACAAUUUUCUGCUUCUCUUCCCACUUCUUCUGCCUUAUAUCCCAUCCCUUACUGACCCAGGAAAGCCACUACUAACUCAGCCACCCCAA